AAAAGGGCAGCUCCCGUCCCGUGCCCCCGGCGCUGUGGGAGGACGCGGGGCGAUGGCGGCGGCCGCGGCCAUGGCCGCGCUGGGCCGGAGCCUCACGGCCGCGCUCCGCCUGCCCCGGGCUCGGCCGGGACUCCCCGGGAUGACACUGAACCUGUACCACAAGAACCUACCAAAAGUUGAGACCCUCCAUCAGGUGAAGUUCCUGCACACAACUGUGUCUCAGAGAGGUCUGGAGGAGUUUUUUGAUGAUCCAGGAAACUGGGGGGAAAAAAGUGUAAAGUCUGGGGAUUCAUGGAACAUAAAGCAGCUAAGGGGCAAGAGUAGUGAAGACUUACACAAACUUUGGUAUGUCCUGCUGAAAGAGAAGAACAUGCUCUUAACUUUAGAGCAAGAAUCCAAACGACAGCGCAAGCCUAUGCCAAGUCCAGAACGCUUAGAAAAGGUAGAAACAUCUAUGAAAAAUAUAGACUUGGUAGUCAGAGAAAGAGAGAUUGCUUUGAGGCUUUUACAAACAGGCCACGAAAAGCCAGUCCCCGGCGAGUGGAGACACGACUUCCUGGGACGCACCUUCUGGUACAGUUACAAGGAAUGGCCAAUACCAUGGCACUUAAACAAAAAACACAAAAAGAAGAGAUUCUAUUACUUACCUCACGUGAAUCACUUCAUCAGACUCAGACUUGAAAAAACCUUACGGAAAAGGGCAAGACAACAAAGCCUGGAGAGGACGAGGAGGAAGGUUUUGGAAAGGAAGUUCCCUGAUGUUGCUGUGAAAUCCCAGAGCCAGUAGCAUGCUGGAAGAGCACUGCAAGCAACUGGUCAAGUGUCUGUGGACAUGAAUCAUGUUCUGGAACCACAAACAACUCCACUGAGCAUUCCAGAGAGUCUCCAUCUUUUUUUUGUUUUUAAUACCACAUUUGACUUUAAUUAAACUUGUGCUCUGGAAUUAAAAAGCAGCUUUGGUGCCUAA